UUCAGCACAAACAGCACAGAUCUGCCGGACUCACAGCUGGACCAACGAGGCAGACUGGAAUCAGACCAGCAGCAGAAAGAUGAUGAAAGAACCUGUAGAAGAACCACCAACUAAAGCAGCUUCUACAGCAGAAGAGGAGCUUGCCAGGGUGCGGUCAGCUUUUGUUUGGAGGGUGUCAACAGAAAUCCUUAAACAGCUCCUUGAGGCCCUUGUAAGUGACGGUGUCUUAAAUGAAUUGGAGAAAGAAUCAAUACUGGAAGGGAACCCAGUCAGAGCAGAUAAGGCACGUUGCUUCAUUGAUACAGUGAGGAAGAAAGGGGACAAAGCCAGCAGGAUAAUGGUCAGACAUCUUCAGACUAUAGAUCUCUCCCUUUUCUCUCAGCUGCGUUUAUACUCUGAUCCAUCUGCUCAAAAAGAGGCUCUUCAAAGUUGUCAGCCUCUGCUUAAAUCUAAGUUGAAGAAGAAGUUCCAGUGUGUGUUUGAGGGGAUUGCUAAAGCAGGAAACCCAACCCUUCUGAAUAAGAUCUACACAAAGCUCUACAUCACAGAGGGAGGGACUGCAGAGAUCAAUGAUGAACAUGAGGUCAGACAGAUUGAAACUGCAUCCAGGAAAUCAGAUAGACCAGAAACCAGAGUCAGACAAGAAGACAUGUUUAAAGAUUCACCUGGAAGAGAUGAACCAAUCAGAACAGUGCUGACAAAUGGAGUGGCUGGCAUUGGGAAAACAGUUUUAACUCAGAAGUUCACUCUGGACUGGUGUCUGACUUCAGGAAGUCUCUCCACGGAGAAACUUUCUCCUGCUCAGUGGUCAGCUCUGGUCUUCAUUUUACUGUCAUCAGAAAAAGAUCUGGAUGUGUUUGACCUGAAGAAAUACUCUGCUUCAGAGGAGGCUUUUCUAAAACUCCUACCGGUGAUCAAAGCCUCCAACAAAGCUUUGCUGAGCAUCUGUGAACUUUCAGAGAGAAGCUGUAGAGCUCUGUCCUCAGUUCUCACCUCCCAGUCCUCGAGCCUGAGAGAGCUGGACCUGAGUAACAAUAGCUUGGAGGAUUCCGGAGUGAAGCUUCUGUCUGAAGCAAUGGAGAGUCCACAUUGUAAACUGAGAACUCUGAGACUGAGUCUUUUUAACCUCUCAUUGAGAAGCUCUGACAGUCUUUCUGCUGGACUGCAAAAUCUGAACUGCAAGCUGACUAGUCUGAGACUGAGCGCCUGUAACCUCUCAGAGAGAAGCUAUGAAGCUCUGUCCUCGUUUCUUAGCUCCCGGUCCUCUAGUCUGAGAGAGCUGGACCUGAGUAACAACAACGUGCAUGAUUCAGGCGUGAAGCUUCUGUCUGGCGCAGUGGAGACUCCACAAUGUAGACUUAAAACUCUCAGUCUGUCAGGCUGUUUGGUCACAGCAGACGGCUGUACUUUUCUGGCCUCAGCUCUGAGCUCCAACCCCUCCCAUCUGAAAGAGCUAGACCUGAGCUACAAUCAUCCAGGAGACUCAGGAAUAAAGCUGCUGUCGUCUGGACUGAAGAAUCCACGCUGGAGACUCAAGACUCUCAGGGUGGAGCCUGCUGGAGUCCCAUGGUUAAAACCAGGUCUGAGGAAGUGUAAGUGUGUUUUUAAUGUGAUUUAUAAAAACAAAGCAGCACACAUCCAACCAUCUUUUGUCAGGGUGCCUGGGUUGUUGACCCAGUGUUUUCAGUUAAGCUUCGUCACCAUUGAGUUUUCUAUUCCCGUCCCCUCUUCUCUCUCACCACACCACACCAUGAUGCUGACAGAAUGA